GCAACUAUGCACCGUCGCCAUCGUCAUCAAGCUUCGGAAUGGUGACAAGCUAAAUCAGGCACACACAGUGCCUGUGUGUGCACGCCUAAUAGCUCUCCAAAAUUUCGACGACCGUCAUAGUGAAUGCAAGAGUGAGUCCACCGCUGGUAUGAAUUACAUCCAGUUCGAUGGUUAUGGCUUAGCCUGCACCUGUUGACCUUCGACGAGAACCUCCCACGUGCACGAGUCUUUUAGCUGAGAUCAGAAUGACGAUCACCAAAAACGCCUGCAAACAGCUUGCUGUUGGCGCUAUUGUGUUGAUCGGAGCAAUAUCGUGUGUGACUUCGCAGCGAAUGGAAUGCUCGGAAGACAAUUUCGGAUUCAAAGCCGGACCGGUGGUGAAGCACUCUAUCUACAACGGCACAGAAGGAGGUGGCAAAGUACAGUUUUUCCACGACUCGUUUGGUGUGAACGCGCACUCAGGUUACAUAAGUAUUGAUGCCAACGCUACUGACGGGAAGAUGACGAAGCACUUGUUCUUCCUUCUUGUCAAGUCACAGAAGGAGAACGCCUCGCUCAUCAUGUGGAUCCAAGGAGGACCAGCAGAAUCGUCGCUUUUUGGUCAGUUCGUCGAAAAUGGACCCAUUGGAAUUGACAAGGAUGGAAGUCUGUAUAAGAGGAACGUCACCCUGAGCGACGACUACGACCUUCUGUAUCUUGACCAGCCAGCGGGAGCGGGAUUCAGCUUUGUCAAUCACUCUGACGGUUACGUGAAAAGUAUGGAAGAUAGCAGCGAAGACAUUGAAAAAUUUAUGCGCAAGUUCUUGGAUAUUUUCUACGAAUACCGGGGACGAGAGUUUUACGUCGCUGGAGAGUCUUACGGAGUUAGGUUCGCUGUAGCAGCGGCGUCUCAUCUGCACAACCUAAUGCAAAAGGAAGGAGGUCCGCUCCACCUAAGCCUCAGGGGUGUCAUGUGCUACGCUGGGUUCUUCGAAGAAGCGAUGAUCCAGCUGGACACGUCAGACUACUUGCUCCAGCUGGGAUUACUUGAUCAAGCCGGGUACCAGACACUUAAAGCUGUCAUCAAUCAAAUCAAAGACCUCGUCUACGGAAAGGAUUACCACAAAAAACUAGAAUCGCUUCAUCUCUUUUUCAAGACAUUCGGUUGGACUCUGGACGCCUCUAAUCCCAAGCUUAUGACAACCCUAACAGGGUACCUCUACGAUUCAAACCCUCUACAAGCAACAGAGCCCGAAGAACACGUUCAAUUCAGACAUCUUAUGAAUAAUCCGGGGUUCAAGCACGCACUGCACGUCGGCAGCGAUGUCUUGUACCGCGGCUCAGACCUCCUUGUAAGAACAAACCUAGCCCAAGACCACACACGAACUGUGGGUCCAGAGCUUGAGACCUUGCUGGAAAAUGGCUACAGGGUUCUCGUGCUCCUAGGACAGUUAGACAUAAAGGUGUCAGGUGUUGCGACAGAAAAAUUUUUAAGGACACUUAACUGGUGUGGAAAAGAAGCCUUCAGGUUGGGAACACGUCACCUGUGGUGGAAAGAUAACGCAGAUGAGGACUUUAUGGGAUACGUCACACAAGGUGGAAAUCUGACACUGGUGCAGUUGAGGAGCGCUGGGCAUUACCCAUUCUUCGACCAACCGCAGGCUGCCACUGAGGUGACACGAAGGUUCGUCGCAGGCGAACCUCUUCUCAGGAAGGAAUUUAGCGCCAAUGGAAGAUACGAAACAGUUUCGCAGUGUACACCAGUUGAACAGGUGCGCAUGAGCUCUAACACUGUCACAGCCGAUUAAACAUUGACUCAGCUA